AUGCACUUUCAAUAUCUAUUCUACAUUUGCUGCUGCAUUGCCGUCUGUUCGGCCGCUGAUCCCGACCUCGAUUCUUUCCCUGCAUGCGCUCUAUCCUGCGGAGAGACAGUCAACUGUUCACCUUCGGAUACAACCUGCGCCUGUUCAAACCGAUUAUUCGAUGGGAUCCUGGGAGAUUGCAUCGUCGCCAAUUGCACCAUCAAAGAGCAAUUCGUCACCAAACGACUCCGCGCCGACGAAUGUGGCUUUCCGGAACAUCGAGGUCGUCCUGCGGUCGAGGCAGCUACUCUGGUUCCGCUGAUUCUGGCCUCGUUGGUCUUCGUCUGUCGCGUGGUGUCGAAAAUCAUUCAUCUCGGGGGCGGUUGGGGAUGGGAUGAUUCGACUAUUACCGUUGCGUAUGGGAUUGCUCUUGCUAUCUUUAUUAUUAAUGCGUCUAUGAUCAAUUAUGGGUUUGGGAAGGAUAUGUGGGAUAUUGUGCCGUUUGAGAAUAUUACUACUGUUUAUAAGCUGUUCUACGCCUUCGUCCUCUGCUACAAAAUCCAAAUCUCCCUAGCCAAAAUCUCCGUCUGUCUCUUCCUACUCCGAAUCUUCUCCUCCCGUCUUUUCCGCUAUGUCACCUACGUCGUCAUCGCCCUGAACGUCGCCAUCGCUGUAACAUGGUUCACAUGCGACUUGCUACGCUGCAUACCCGUUUAUAUAGCCUGGGCCGGAUGGACAGGCGAAGAGUCCGGCCAAUGCAUCGACUUCAUCACCGUGACCCUGACAAAUGCGCUGGUGAAUAUCUUUGUUGACGUAGCCAUGGUGGCGGCCCCCGUUUACGAGAUCACCAAAUUGCAACUCUCGAAGCGGAAGAAAGUUGGCGUGGGAUUGAUGUUUGCUAUGGGAUUACUUCUCACCAUCGUAGCCAUCAUCCGCGUCGUCGUCUUCUGGAAUAAUCGCUGGUCCAAUAACCAAACCGCGCAACUCCAACCCAUCGUACACUGGUCCGUCAUUGAAGUCCAGAUCGCAGUCCUCUGCGCUUGUCUCCCCGCCACCCGUGCUUUGAUUAAUCAUUUCCUGCCUGAUCUGGUCGGUUCGUCGGGUCGGAAGUCCUACGCUACGCGUAAUGCGCCGAGUAAUACUUACCCUGAGCCGAAACAUGGGCAUAUCGCUAAGACUAUGUCUUACUCGAUUAAGUAUAGCUCGCGUGCGCAGCGGGAUGACUCGAGUUCGGUGGAGUUGGUGAGGAUAGAUCGAUGA